AUGUCUUAUAUCGAAUUUACUGUGAAUGGGGAAAAAUGUACAGUGGACAACUCCCUUCAUCGGGAGACGACCCUGAACGCGUUUCUCAGGUAUCACUUGGGACUCCCCGGCACAAAAUCCAUGUGCAGGGUGGGUAUAUGCGGAGCGUGUAUUGUGAACGUGACUGCACAGAGAGAGACCAGUGGCACCGUGGAGACAUUCUCCGUUAAUUCCUGCCUGGUGCUUGUGUUCUCCUGCGACGGAUGGGACAUUACCACCAUAGAGGGUGUUGGAGACCGACUAAAGGGAUACAGCGAGAUUCAGAAACGCAUAGCUGCGUUUAACGCAACACAGUGCGGUUAUUGUACUCCUGGAUGGGCCAUGCACUUAAAUAGUCUUAUUAACAAGGGACUCAAUAUGGUUGAGUUAGAGAAUUCAUUUGGUUGCAACACGUGUCGGUGUACCGGAUACCGGCCUAUCCUAGACACAGUGAAAUCAUUUGCAGUAGAUGCUAGUCCAGCACUCUGCAAAAAAGUUGAAGAAAUAGAAGACCUUACAACUGGCUUUAGGAACAAAGCCAAAAUAUGCGACCGUAAAUGUUCUACAUGCAGCGAUGGCGAUUGGAGUUUAAUUAACGCAGUCACUAAUCGUGAACCAAUGACAUUAAAUUUUGGGGAAACCAAGUUCAUCAAAGUCUUUGACGAGGAGCAGGUCUUUGAUAGUUUUCAAAUUUAUGGUACAAAGGCUUGUAUGUUGAUUGAUGGAAAUACUGGAAAAGGACUCAUCAAAGAUUUUGAGUGGCCGGCAGUUUUGAUAGACAUAAGCUCUGUUCCGUCCCUAAAGCACCAUUACUAUGAUCAGAACCUAGUUCUCGGAGCAAACGUUUCAUUAGAAGACUGCAUUGCAAUAUUCAAGCAAGCCUCAUUGCGAAUGGAUGAAUUUGCGUAUUUAUCAGAAUUUAUAAAACAUUUUGAUUUGGUAGCACAAAUUCCAGUAAGAAAGUUGGGGUCAUUGGCGGGGAAUGUUAUGCUAAAGCACAUAAACAAUGCCUAUCAAUCUGACAUAUUUUUACUGUUUGAGGCAAUUGGGGCCACUAUUACAAUACGUGAUGCAGAUGGUAUAAGAACUUCAUAUUCCAUGGCAUAUUUUCUCGAAAUCAAUAUGCUAGGUAAAUUGAUCGUAAGCUUUAAUUUGCCACCAGAAGAUUCACUUCAUAUAUUCAGGAGCUAUAAAAUAAUGCCAAGAAGUCAAAACGCUUUAGCCAUCGUCAAUGCUGCUUUUAGUGUUAAACUUGACAACAAUAACUGUAUUGACUCAAUAAAUAUUGUUUACGGUAACAUUUCUCCCGAUUUCAUACAUGCUGCCCAAACAGAAGGAUAUCUGAGAGGAAAGAAUUUAUUUCACAACCAGGUAUUAAAAGGAGCAACUGGUAUAUUAAAUAAGGAGAUCGUUCCCGAAGAUAUCCCCCCUCAACCAUCACCGUGGGCAAGGAAGAAAUUGGCAAUAGGCCUAUUUUACAAGUUUGUUCUUGGUUUGUCUCAAGAAGGAACUAUUUCUUCACGCUAUCGGUCUGGUGGUGAGUUAAUCACUCGCCCUCUAUCUAGCGGUAUGCAGAGUUUCCAAACGGAUCCUUCACUGUAUCCUCUCAAUCAACCAGUACAGAAACUAGAAGCUGUAAUUCAGUCUUCUGGAGAGGCUCAAUAUGUUAAUGAUAUACCAUCGAUGAAGAACGAAGUAUUUGGUGCAUUUGUAUUAUCUACAGUCUAUAAUGGUGAAGUUGACGAAAUUGAUUGUAAACACGCAUUGCAAUUAGAUGGCGUUCUUGCAUUAUAUACUGCCAAAGAUAUACCAGGAAUAAAUUCUUUCACUGUGCCCGGAAUACAACUUGAAACAGAAAAUGAAGAGAUAUUGGCAGAAACUAUAAAACACUAUGGACAAACAAUAGCCAUUGUGGUGGCUGUUACAAAUGAUUUAGCUAUAAGCGCGGCUAAAAAAGUCAAAGUGACAUAUAAGAAUGUUCGAAACACACCACCAAUUAUAACUAUUAAACAAGCUAAAAAAUUCAGCGAUAGAAUCAUCUCAGGUGAUACGAUUGAGCCAAAGGGGAGGGGAAAUAAUAUAAAGAAAGUAAUAAAAGGUGUCUUCGAAGCAAAGUCCCAGUAUGCUUAUUAUAUUGAGCCUCUUUCAUGCAUAACAGUGCCUGUAGACACUGGCUUGGAAGUUUAUGAUGCAACCCAAUGGAUGGAUUUGACGCAAAUAGCGGUAGCGAAAUGUUUAAAUAUGCCGGAAAGCGACGUACAUUUGAAGGUUCGUCGCAUAGGAGGCGGUUUCGGUGGAAAAAUAAGUCGCAACGCACACGUAGCGUGCGCUUCUGCAAUUGUUGCAAAGGGAUUGAACCGCCCAUGCAGAUUCAUAUUGCCAUUAGAGACCAACCUCACCAUUGCUGGCGGAAGAUUGCCUAUGGAGUGCGAAUAUGAGGUGGGCGUUGACGAUGAUGGCAAGAUCCAACACGUUAAUGCUUCAAUCACAGAGGACGCUGGUUGUUCACACAAUGAGAAUGUUUUGAGCUUUGUUACUGGUAGUUUCAAAAGUUGUUACAACACUGAGAACUUUAAUCUAAAGACUUAUGCUGUACGAACCGACUUGAAUUCUAACUCUUACGUAAGAGCGCCUGGUACCUUGGAAGGUGUUAUGAGUAUAGAAAACAUAAUGGAGCAUAUAGGUUUUGCCUUGAACAAAGAUCCCAUUGAAAUUCGUCUAGCUAACAUGAGAGAAGAUGAGAAGGAUUUACCGAAACUUAUAAAAUCACUAAAAUCGAAAGCCGAUUACGAGAACAGAUUGAAAGAAGUUGAAACGUUCAACAAAAACAAUAGAUGGAUGAAGAAGGCAAUUAAAGUCAACACUAUGUUCUUCCCGGUACAAUAUUACGGUAACUACACGGCGUUAGUUUCAGUUUAUCGCGGUGAUGGUACGGUAACAAUAACCACAGGUGGUAUUGAAAUGGGUCAAGGUGUCAACACAAAAGCUGCUCAGGUCUGCGCUUAUGAAUUAGGAAUACCGCUUGAUGACGUUAAAGUAAUUCCCAAUUACUCAUUCGUAGCGGCUAAUAACGUUUUCUCAGGCUCCAGUAUCGUUAGCGAAUGCAUUUGCUACUCGAUAAUAAGAGCGUGUAAAAUUCUGAAGGAGCGACUAAAGCCGAUAAAAGAUCAGUUGGUCGAUCCAACGUGGUUGGAAGUGAUACAAAAGGCUGGGGAGGAAGAAAUGGAUCUGAGCGCGCGUUAUAUGAUGGGUGAUACAGAACCAGAUUUGCAUAAAUACAACACGUACGCCGCCACAGCUUUGGAAGUGCAAUUGGACGUGUUAACUGGAAAGUUCCAAAUUUGUAGAUGUGACAUAUUGGAGGAUGUUGGAUUGAGUGCCAAUCCGAAUAUUGAUGUUGGUCAGAUAGAAGGUGCCUACGUGCAAGGUUUAAGUUAUUUCACUUAUGAGCAUUUUGUGUACGAUAAAUACACAGGCCAAAUGCUUACAAACGACGCAUUUAACUACGAAGUGUUUUUGGCGAAAGAUACACCAGUCGACUUCAGGGUUCACUUGAGAUAUAAUUCUAAAAAUCACAAAGGUGUAUUGGGCUCCAAAGCUGUUGGAGAAAUGGGCAUUUGCUCGUCGCCUGGUAUAAUUUAUGCGUUGAGACAAUGCAUUUUAGAAUCGCGCAAAGAUUCUGGACACGAUCCUAAUGAAUGGUUUGAUCUUGAUUUACCUCUCACGACAGAGUCGAUUCUUAAAGCGCUGGAUGUGAAACUUGAUGAGCUUCAGCUAUUAUAACUAUCAGCAAAAUAAAUUCCAAUAUCUAAGAAACUAUGGCAAGGCUAUUUGAGAAUAAGUAGGAACAUAAAAGCGG